AAACGGGGUCAGACCGCCAUGUAACGAUGCAUUUAAAAGUUUGAACAACUGAGAGAUUAAAUUUCAAGGACUGACACAGACCAUCGAGCAUCCUGUCACUUCCAAAUUGAAACUGAUAUUGUUUUAGUACUUUGGACUGAAAUCGAAAUUAUCAAGGCCGUUAUCUUCUACCAGAUAUAUAUUCACGGAUUUUAAAUGCCUGACACUAUCAAACGUGGCUUAUUUAUAGUAUUUGAAGGUAUUGAGAAAUGUGGCAAAAAAACACAGUCCGAAUUAUUACAAGAAGCUUUAACUCAAAUUACUGGCAAAGAAGCUUUGUUAAUUCAUUUUCCUGAUAAAAGUACACCGAUAGGGAAAUUGAUUGCUGACUAUUCUGAUGGAAAACUUCAAUUGGAACCACAUGCAGUUCAUCUGCUUUAUAUAGCUAACAGAUGGGAACGUCAAAAUGAAAUUGUAAAAGCAUUAAAAUCAGGCAUUAGUGUUGUUGUAGAUCGUUAUAGUUAUUCAGGCAUUGUAAAUACAGCGGCAAAAUUUCAUCCACUCACUGAAACCGAUUGGGAAUGGUGUCGUUCUAUGGAGUAUGGUUUAAUGCAACCAGAUUUCAUAUUUUGUCUUGCACCAGAGAAUUUUGCUGAAAUAUCAGUACGUGAAGCAUUUAAUGAUGAGAAGAAAUUUGAAACAAUGGAUUUUCAAAAACAAACUCUUAUUUAUUAUGGUCGUUUAUCACGUGAAAUGGAAGCGGAAUUAAAUGAAGAAAAUGAGAAUCAGAAUAAUACAACAACUACGAAAGAAUGUGGUGAACCACGACUUUGGCAUUGGAUACCAGCAACCGGUCAAACAGUAGAUGAAGUUCAUUCAUGUAUCAUGUCGAUUAUUGAUUCGAAAUUAUGA